UCUUGAAGUCUGAGCAGUGCAUGGCGGUACUGAACAGGGAUUUUUGGGUAAGUUUUCCCAGUGUUCACUGUUUUCGGGCUCAGUUCCUGGGUGGUCAAGGUCCUGAUGUUGGGUUUAAGUCGUGAAAACCUCAGGAACAAAUAAAAUAUUACAAUUUUAACGUUAUUGGUCAAAAAAUGUCCACCCGUAGCGUCGAGCAUUCAUUGUCAUUACGAUCGUAGCAUUGCUCACAGCCUAAAGUAGUUCAAAAUGGAGUAACUAUCGCGAGAAUAGUCUUCGUUGGCCGUACCGUGAAACCUCUGUCUAUCGAAUGAAUGAAAAAAUAAAUUUAAUAAAUAAAGAAUACCAAAUUAGUUGCAUUUUGUUUUUGUAUAAUUAUUAUUUGUUGAAAAUAUCCCACAAGCAGGACAAUUAGUUUUUAAUUGGGUCAUCCAAGAAGCAAGCCAUAGUGUUCAACAAAUUAUUAUUUUUUUAAAAUUGAAAUAAGAACUGAAAUGUUUCUCUGACCCCUACCAGACCACAGGACACUUGAAGUAUGAGUGAAUCCAAGACCCAAGUACUACUCUUAGUCUACAGCUUAAAGUAGGCUUAUCAAAUCCUGAAAGGAAAAUUAAAAGAUAGGAAAUGGGAUAAUAAUACAUUUUCAAUUAGUAGUAGUCUAGUAGGCCUAAAACUAUAAUUAUACCAGUAUACUAUUUUAUACCAUUCUUAAAUCAUUUAUUAAAAAUCUUUUAUAAAUGAAACAAGGGUUGCCAGGUCUGCUAAAAAAAAAAAGGGGGGGGGGGGGGGGGGGGGUAGAAAAAUAAAAAAUAAUUUUAUAAUAAAUUAUUAUAUUCUUACAAUUACAAACAUUUUAACACGUAUUAAAGUAAUAACUUCAAAACUUUACCCAAUGGUCAAUGGAUAUUCAAUUCUUUGUCUCAUUCUAACUUUAUUUUGUUCUAACUUAUGAAAAAAACAACCAAACAUGAUUCUCCUUUCCUUAUUCUCUUAUGUACAGCUUUAGAUUUCGUACCAUUUCAUCAUAAAGCUUUUGAAUUUUAAAAAAUGUCCACUAUUUUGUGAAAAAAAUAGUGAACAUAAUCAUAAUGUGAAAAAAAGCGGACUGUCUGCUCAAAUAGUGGACACCUGGCAACCUUAAAGGAAACAAUUUUUGGUGUCAAAUCAAUUUUUGAAACAAGAAUUCUACAUUGCACAUGAUAAAUAUUAAUAAACUGAGCCUCCCCUUCUUUGCACAUUUGACUCCAAUGCCAAUAUGCCUAUAAAUAAUACAUUUUUUGCUAAACAUACCUAAAUUUUAUAGAUGGUCUGAAAUUUGUGUUCCAAAAAUGACUUGUCUGUAAGAAUUUAAGGUUGUCCUUAAAAUAAUUGAAACAUAGUUACAAAAUCUUUUGAAGUUGAAAAAGAAAGGGAAAGUGUUUUUUUUCUAUUUUUUUCCUGUUUGCUUUAAACAUAGUUCAUAUAGGCCUAAUGAAAGAUUAAAAUCAUGAGAAAUUCAACAAUGAUCAAAAUUUCACCUAAUUUAACCUCUUGGGAUGGCUAGGCCAAUCUGUUGGUUCAGGGUGGAGUAGCUAAAAAGAUGAAUGGCGAUCUCUCCGACAGAUAAUUCAAGCCUCGAGAUGGGGUGGCUGGCUGAUCUUCACAUCAGCUAAUCAGAUUGCUUCUUACAUAUUCCUGCACAUCCUGGCAUUUUGAUGGUAGCCUUUGUUGAUUGUUUUUGUUGUGUUUUGGAAUUUAUUUUGUGUUGCAAAGUAAUUUUGUAAAAUGCAAAAAUGUGACACUGAUCAAACUAUCCUUACCCGGCAGUGAUUUUGAUACUGACACUGAUGAAAACAACCAAGAAAGUAAUGAAGCCGAUCAAAAUGAUGAUAUUGAUGAUAAUGUUGGGAACCCUUGUUUUAGUAUUAACAGUCCUGAACUGGAUAGAGAUGACCCCUAUAUGCAUUUUUAGGAACUAUAAGACCUAUAAAUAUGCCUCAAGGCAUAAGCACCCCAGUUGAAUACUUAAUAGGUAAACAGACAACUUUCUCAGUAACACCCAGCUGAAGAGAAGGUCCCUGGGUCAUAAAUGAGGCCCUGUUAUAGUGAGUAUCUGUAGCAACUGAAAAAUAGCAAUGGGCAGGUAUAGGAGUAGAACCAUAUGCCAGAGAUGUCUAAAGGGUCUCCUUGGGCCUUUUUCUCCCAAAACACAAGUAUUAGGACUUAUUCAGUCGUCAUCCAUCAAAAAGUUAACUCAAAUGAUACCAGUAAGUCAUGUUUAUUCUAAGUGUAACAAAAAAUUACACACAUAAAUUAUGCAAAUCAGGAAAACUCAUUUGCAUAAAUGUUGAGAUUUCAGAACGACGCAUAAAGAUUGUAUUAGUUCAUUCUAUUUUCUACAAGUACAAAAAUAUACCGUUAUAUAGUUUUAGUUUUAUACAUGUAAAGGAAAUGGUUUAUUUUUAAUAAGUUUUUGCUUAUGAGUUUGCAGAGUUUGUAAGAAGUGCUUCGUCUUCGUGGCAAAAAGGCUCCGCCCCAAAAGGGUUAAUAAAAUAUGCUCAAGAGUCAAACAGUAUACAGAAAUAUUCAUAUAAAUGUAAUAAUAUUAUUCAUAAGAAUAUUUACCAAAGAGCGUCAUGAGUCAUAGAAACACAUGGCUAUGGAUAUUUGUGUUUUUUAAGUUUUAUAGUUUCAUUAAGUUUUCUAACAAAAAUAUCAGUUAACUUUGAAAUAUACUUUUCUUGCGGAAUAUGAAACAGAUACAAAUAAAAAUGAAGAUAAAUGGAGGAUGAAGAACACUAGUGUAAGGGGAGAUAAUUUUGGGAUUAGUGGGUGUCCAUUUAGUUCAACUUUUUUUCCACCCUUAACUGUUGUGACUAAAGUGGUAAAGGAAUGAAGUUCUUUUCCUUCAAACUUCAUUGUGAUAAAGAUAAGGGAGAUGACUUGCGGCUACAUCAUUGGUUACUGUUUUAAUUAUGUUUUUUUUUUUUUAUAUUUAUUUUUGAGGGCCCACAAUCAAAGAAUGGAUCAUUCUGGCUCCUAUGUUUCAGAGGGGUUCGUGAUUUUACUGUGCAUGGGUUUCAAAUGUAACUCAUAGUGACUACCCAAACUAAAUCUCUUCUCUGAAAUGCAUGCAAGAGUAAGUUUAUAAGACUGCAUCACAAAAUGAUAUUAUGGCAAUUACCAUAGGUGUAUAUGUCUUGUGAUUAUCUUUUCUUGGCAGACUCUGAAAGAUCCUUAAAGGUAUCCUUAAGAAAUAAUAGAGGCAAGAAAUGACAAAUUUCCACAUGAGAGAUUAUUGAGGGUAAGUAAAACUUUCAAGGGAAGUUCAAAAUUAAUGUUAAAUUUACUUUUUAAAAUAGACCUGCAAAGGCUCACAGUGGAUUUUGAAAUCAAGUUAUUAUAAAAAUAAGUAUUAUAAUUUUUUUUUGUUUUUUUUCAUACAAAGGAUGACACUAAGAUUCCAUCCAAUCAUCACAUAGGAACUUAAACUUAUCAGGAGAUAGUAGACGUCAAUCUAUGGACAAUGUUCUGGACAGUCUCGGGGAGUCAAAUUCUCUCUCACCCCUGUCUUCCAAUGUCCAUGACCAUGAUGAAGAUUUUACAGGGCUUGGAGAUCAUUCAGGCGUAAGUUACAUAGCAUCUUUAGAGAUUAUAAAGCUAUCCUCAUCAAAAUAAUGUAAUGAUAAUGUCAUUUAUUACUUAUCACCUGAGAUGUUUAUUCUCGUUACGGUAUAUGAAUCUCCUUAAAAAGAAUGAAUGCUGUGAAAUCGGAUGGGCUUUAAAUCAACUUAAAUGUUUUAGGGUGGAAUGGAAGAAGCUAAUCUGAACUCUGAUGGUGAUGAUGAUCUUGGUCACUCUGGUGAUGAGGAUGAUGAUCAUGUCAACAUUGUGUCAUCAUCAAUGAAUGGUGAUGAUGAUGACCCCAUUGGCCUGGGAGUAUCAGGGGGACAUCACUCUGAAGACAUGCAUCAUGAUGAUGAAGGUUUGGAUGGAGUGGAAACAGAGAAUGAAGAUAUGGUGCACUCAGAAAACCUUGAAGAAGACAGCUCUCAGGUAAUUUCUUUUGAAGUCUUUGUGGCUAGUAUUUAUAUCUGGAUUAAAUCGACCAUGCCUGUUGGUUGAGACAGAAACUUAUAAUAAAAUGACAUUGUAAAGAAACUCUUAUUAAAGAAAUGUGGUGGUUCCAGAAGAAAAAAAGACACCUAUAACUAUAAGUGGUUAGGAAAUGAAAAAAAUAAAUAGAUUUCUUCUUCUUUAUUUUACUCUUUGAUUCCAGGGCUUUAAUUUCUUCUUUCAACUUUUAUAAAUAUGCAUAACUCAUACAUGCCAACCUGUCGGAUAAAAAAAAAAAAAAAAAUUGUACAGGGACUCCCCAGAACACUGAAAAAAAAAAAAAAAAAAAAAAAUACAUGUAAAAAAAAAAAAAUAAAAAAAUAAAAAAAAAAAAAAAAAAAAUUAUCCACGACCUCCCAAAAACACUGAACAACAGAAACAAAAAAAAAUUUACCUAAAAAAAAAAAAAAAUAAAAAAUUAAAAAAAAAAAAAAAAAGAUUAUUUAAAACCUUUUCAUCAUUUUUUUCCCCCUUUGUUUUGAAUAAAUGCAUAACAAAUGAAUAGUUCCCCCCAUUGCUGGGCCUACAUUUAAGCAUAUAUAAUUUUCUUCAUUUAUAAAUGAAAAUUUUGUAAGUCAGGUUUGUCAAAUUUUGAGGGUUUUUUUCUUUUCUUUUACACUGGUCAAUAGAAAUUCUAUUAAAAAUGGACAGAUGAUGAAUGUAAUACCAGUUUAGAUGUAAUUAGAUAUAAUUAUUCUGUUAAUUAUGACAGACCCCUAUAUUUAAAUAAACGAAGUUUAUAACCUUAUUUUUCACUGCUGUUUCUAAAUUUAGAUGGCCUCCUGAUUCUCAAAUUGGUCAUUUAAAUAGGAUUUAAGCUUAUUUAAGUUCAACAUUGAAUUUAUUGCACCACCGGUUUGUAUGUGUGUCCUGUGCAAAGACAUUUAUUUUCUAAAUCCAGGAAAAAACUGUACAAAAGCCUGUAUCACUUUACACCUCAGCAAAUGUAUAAAAACUUUACAGGUUGGCAUGUAUGCUCCCAAAGUCAGCCCCUGUCUGUGAAUAUAGCCUGAUUAUGUGUUUUCCAUUUCCUCAGGCUACUUUAGAUGAAAAUAAUGAAACAGAAAAUCAGUUGGUCCAAGCAUCUGAGGAGGAAGGCAUCUUGUUAACCUCUGAUGCUGCUGGAAACUUUUCAGUUCCAGUCACUGAACAUGUGAUUAGACUUCUUAUGCAAGCAUCAGAUGUGAGUGACCUCAUGUGGUAGGAUAAUAUGAAAUUUGCAUAACAGGAAAGGCCUAAGUUCUUAAAUAAGUUUUCCCAACAUAACAUUAAAAAAAAAUGUAUUAUAUUUUUUAAAUAGUACAAGAGGGUUAUUUCUUUACUUCAAGGGAAUAUGAUUAUUUGACAUGGGUAAGUAACUUGUAAUUAAAUGAUUUCAUCUUACACUAAAAUGUGUGAAUAGCUAAAUCAACACACUUAAAGCCAUCAUCAAAACUUUAGCUUUAAGCCUGUUAUCAAAGCACACAGACCUACAUAGUAAUUAACAUUAUACUGUUCAGUUUUGUGUAUGGGGCUAUGAGAAUGUUCACUUUAGAGAUGAAAAUUAAAAAUUAAGAAAAAAGUUGAAGUUCUUAGAUUUAAAAAAAAUAUUUAUCUCUCUAUUUUCCCAAAAACCCCUUUGUUUGCCCCUUUCACAAUGGUAGAAAAUUAGAUAAACUACUAAAAUAACUAGGGAAAAAAAUGUUAUUUUAAUUUAAUACGUAUUUAAUAUCUGAUCCUCAAUUAUAAUUCACAUGCUUGCAUUCACAAAGAUGUUAUUUUCUCUUUUACACAUUAUUUCUCUUUUUGAGGGUGGGGGUGGGAGUACAGAUGAAUCUCGGUUAAAAAUAUACUUUGAUUAAAUAAAAUAUUAAAUCAAAUUAAACUUUAACUGAAAAGAUAUAAAAAUGACAUUUGUCAAAAUUGAGUUUGUUUUACAGCCAUUCGGCUUGAAAUUCUGUGAAACAUAAUAGAUUUAAGACAUUGAAAAAAAAAUUGUAAUUGAUUUAAAGAGCCUCCAUUAUCCUCUAAGAUGGUCAUGUCAGACUUUUUGUGGUAGCAGCUGUUUUAUAUGUUUAAGACUUGUUGGUCACGUUGUAACUGUUAUGUUCCAGGGUUUAUAUGAUUAAGACUUGUUGGUCACAUUGUAACUGUUAUGUUCCAGGGUUUAUAGGUUUUAAACUUUAACUGAAAAGAUAUAAAAAUGACAUUUGUCAAAAUUGAGUUUGUUUUACAGCCAUUCGGCUUGAAAUUCUGUGAAACAUAAUAGAUUUAAGACAUUGAAAAAAAAAUUGUAAUUGAUUUAAAGAGCCUCCAUUAUCCUCUAAGAUGGUCAUGUUAGACUUUUUGUGAUAGCAGCUGUUUUAUAUGUUUAAGACUUGUUGGUCACGUUGUAACUGUUAUGUUCCAGGGUUUAUAUGAUUAAGACUUGUUGGUCACAUUGUAACUGUUAUGUUCUAGGGUUUAUAGGUUUGAGACUUGUUGGUCACAUUGAAACUGUUAUGUUCCAGGGUUUAUAGUUUUGAGACUUGUUGGUCACAUUGUAACUGUUAUGUUCCAGGGUUUAUAGAUUUGAGACUUGUUGGUCACAUUGUAACUGUUAUGUUCCAGGGCAGUGUAGUUACCAAUGGCUCAAUGGGUGCCAUCAAGUUCUCUGUGGCUAAUAUGAUCACCAAUGAGAAUGGGGAAAUAACACAGACUGUUCAAGCAGUGACCUUACCAGAUGGCACAACCACCCUUAUAAAAGAUGAAAUAUGUGAGUAUGUCAUAACCAGAAAUAGUUUUAAGUUUUUUUAAUGGUAAUUACAUUUUAUCUGAAUUAUUCUCCCUCCUCCUCACACACACGCAUACGUUUUUGUUUAGGUCCAUAUUUACAUAUUUAUUUUAAAUUUGGCUUCUUCUAACCAUUUUCUGGGAAUUUCUUCCACUGGCAGCUUCUGAAGAGCAAGAUUUACCAAAGUUUGUCGAAGGACAGACAAUCAAACUUGAAGACGGAACAACAGCGGUGUUACGAUCAUCUCAUAAAGAAAUAUGUAAGUAUCUUAACCUUUAACUCUGCCUGAAUCUAUUUGAAUCUCUUUAGCGGAUUAUCUUGUAGAGACAAAGAAAAUUUUAUGUAUUGUUUUUUCUACUUAGUACCACAUAAACAGAACAUUGGGUUAAAAAAGAUAAUCAUUAUUUUACAUAGUUUAGUGCUUUUAGUUUAAAAGGGUUAAUCUCCAAUUUAAAGUUGAUUUAGAUUAUUUAUUUGACUGUAAUUGAGUGUGGGAAACAUUCGCCAUUAUCAGGUGAAUAAUCAUUGUUAAUAAUUAUUAUCAUGUGAAUUACAUUUUAAAGUGGAUGAGGGACUCCAGGCGAUACAGCUGGAAGAUGGAUCUACGGCAUUCUUAACUCGUGCCAACCCAGAAGGUAUAUUUACGGAUGUUUCUAGUUUAGACACCACUGGUCUUAACUUGGAACAGUUGGCUAAUCAGGUAAGCAGAGUUUGAUGUUUUAAAAUUUAUAUUCCUUUAUGUAUAUAAAACUUUACAUGCAUUCCUGAAAAGUCACAAUGUUUUUUAUCUGAAAAAGGAAUUUAUGAUCCCUGUGCAAGGAUUUGUUCAGCUUUUCUUUGCAAUAUGUACAUUUAAUAAUCAAGAAAAUAAUAUUCUGAAAUCUCAUCUACAGACAAUGAUUAUAAAGCCAGAGAAAGGAGUAAUGUUGGCUGGAGACAAAGCCUAUCGCUGCAUGUAUGAAGAUUGUGGUCGUCUAUAUACUACCCACCACCAUUUGAAGGUAACUGGCACGUUUAACUAUUUUAUAUAACAAAUGAUUUCAUUUUAACAUUAUCUUGCAUCUGAUUUCACAGAUUUUUAACCUGAGUUAUAAUAAGCAUGUUAAAGAGAAAAUUUGAAGAAGUUAUGUGUUAUUUCAGUAAAUGUUAAGAAUUCGUCUCUUUUCUCUAACAUCAGAAUAUGUUGACACAGCAUUUCAACCCUAAGCUAAUUGAAACUUGUGUAGGAGAUCAUACUACUUUACUUCUUCUCAUUUAAAUGAUAUUAUAACCCAGUUAUAUCUUGAGAUUGGUUCCCACAAGAAACUCCUUCAUCAUUGGCUAGAAAUUAGUGCAUUUGCUUUGUCAUCUGACCAUAAUGUUUGUGGGUUGUCUCCUAAUCAGGAAUUCAGAGUCAGUCUCUGUAUUUGCUCUUUUGGACAGUCCUUUUCAGAAGAUGAUCUUGCAACCUCUCCAGUCCGGCUCAUUCAUCUGAUCUCACAUUGGAUUUCCAUAUGAUUAAUUUACCAUAAACAUUUUUUUAUAUUCUAUAAUAAUUUAAAACCUAGCACCUGUUAACUCAAGCCAUUAAACGCCUAUUAAUUUCUUUUCAAUUUAGGUACAUGAAAGAUCACAUACUGGAGACAGACCAUUUCAAUGUGAUUUUCUUAACUGUGGCAAAAGGUUUGCUACAGGCUAUGGACUCAAGUCUCACAACAGAGUUCAUACAGGAGAAAAACCUUAUCCUUGUCCACAUUCUGAUAAGGGAUGUGAUAAAGCAUUUAAAACUUCUGGUGAUUUACAGAAACAUGUGCGCACUCAUACAGGUAAGAGUUUCUUGUGGUUAAGUGCUAUAAAUAAAUGAUUACAUUUUAAAGUUAUUUGAAUUAAUUGAAAAGUUUGAUCAUUGUUUAUUUGAAAUUAAUGUUAAAUUUUUUAUAUUUUUUUAAAGUGUAAUUUACUUAGACUAAAAGAGCAUAAUGCUUCUGUAGGUGAACGUCCAUUCAAAUGUCCUUUUGAGGGUUGCACCCAAUCUUUUACAACAUCGAAUAUACGGAAAGUCCACAUCCGAACACACACAGGGGAAAGACCUUACAUAUGUGAUAUGGAAGGGUGUGGUCGAGCUUUUGCUUCUGCUACAAACUAUAAAAAUCACAUUCGAAUACACACAGGUAAUAAACGUGAUGAGUUAAUUAUGUUUUGUAGGUUAACUAAUUGGCUACCAGAUUGAAAAACCAGCUGUGGCCUAAUUAAAUCUGUGUCACUUUUUCUCAUUUUAGGUGUAUGUACAAAUUCAACUGCAGUUUUCUCAAUUCUAAACAUAUUCUAAUGAUCAAUAAACCAUUUUGUAGAUAAUUGAAUUGUCUUUAAAAUAAACUAAAAACUUUUGUAAAGUUAAGUUUUGUUGGGACAUUAUUAAUUGUUUAAUUAGUAUUUAAAAAAGAAAAACAAUAAAAAAUAUAUAUAAAUGUGCCAACUUACAAGUAAAUUUUAAAUUUCCAAAUCAUUUAAAGCCUGUUAUUUGGUGGUUUCCAAAUAUUAUAUCCAAUAAUAAGAAAAAUUCACCAAAGAACACAGAUAUUGAAUAAUAUUUACACUUCCAACCACAUAUAUGCCUUUAGUAACCCUGUCACUUGUUGCCACGGUAAACAAGUAGUUCAACUUUGUAACUAGCUUGGAAAUUAAAUCAAAAUUAAUUAACAGCUCGUUUUUUAAAACAUUCUGCCGAUAACAUGUGUUCUAAUAAAAACAUCCUGUCGGUAAAUUAAAAUCUUGAAGCAAAACAGUAAUGGAAUAAUAUAAAUAUUUGACUCAAUUUACUACGAUACAAACCUUGGCACUACCAGCGGCUCGUGGCCAUAACGAAAGAAACACCCAGCCGACCCCACUGGCUCAUGUUAGUUAACCAGUUAAAAACUAACAUGGUAUUAGGAUUGUGUGAGCUAGCUCUGAGGUUGCAUUUGGUUUAUUCACUAGUAAAUUGUUAAGAACAAAAUUGAAACCAAAUGUUUAUGAAAUUAUACUAUAUUAUUUUUUAUUGUCAUUAUCAUCAUCAUUCAGAUCCAGUGGCCAUGUCCCCUGCAGAAAAAUGUACACACUCUCAUCAGUUGUUCUUUGUGUUUAUUAUCAUUGUAAGUAAAAGUUCUGCCAGCCCAAUAGAAUUGUUAAUUUAUUAUUAUCAGAAAGCGUUUUUGUUUUAACAGGGGAAAAACCCUAUGUAUGUACUUUCUUGGGUUGUGGCAAAAGAUUUACAGAGUACAGCAGCCUGUACAAGCACCAUGUUGUACACACUCACACCAAGCCCUACACAUGUCACUGUGGUAAGACAUACCGACAAACCAGCACAUUGGCCAUGCACAAGAGAACAGCACAUGGAGAGGAAACACCCCCAGGACUGCUUGUUACAGCGCAGGAAUCGGGUAUGUCACAGCAGCAAUACUGUUUACUAUUGGUACUAAGAAUUAGAGUUAUUAACUUCACACAAAGUUCCUUUCACAACAAGCUAUAAAUUAUCCAUCAUAGCAGCAAAAGGUGUAACUUAGCUCUGACAAAAAAAUCAUCGCACUAGCAAAAAUAGGUUUGAAAUUCAAGACCAGUCUUUAUAGUCAGAAAAAUACUUUAAGAAAACAACUUUAAGUCAUAUAUAAAUUAUAUAUUUUUCUCUUAUGUCUUCAAAUAAGUUGGGAUUUUUUCAAUACAUGCUAAUGAAUUAUUAAAGACACACAGUUGUGUAUACACACAACACUACACUUGUUUUUGAGUUUAUGAUGUUGAAAUUUAAAAUGUGAUCUUCUUUAAUUUUAAAAUAUUGAAAUGAAUCAAUUUUCAUUUUGACCUUCAAUGAAGUAAAUAAUAAUAAAAUUUAGCAUUUUUGUAAUUUUCAACCAAAAAAAUUGAAUGGAUGUGUGGUUUACAACAUAAUUUAAUUUAAUUCCAAUGGGAUGUAAAUUUUCAUUACUAUUCACAUACACCACAGCAUCUAAAAGCAUUUUAUUAAAGUUUCUUGUUAUUCUCUGGUAGUAAGAUUAUAUUGAAAAAUCAUUUUAAUCAGUUAAAUAGCAUUGAAUUUGUCAAGUUUUGAGAAACUUUAAUAGCAAAAACAUCUCUACUAUAUUUACACAAAUUAAUUUAAUACUGGAAUGUACACAACACCUAAAACUAAUCUCGAUGGUGGGAAAACUUGAGAUUCAUUUUGGGGGGGGGGGGGUGGGGGCAUAAAAAAAUGCUCAGAAGAUGCAGGGGGGCACGGGGACUAUCUAAGGGGGGGAUUAAAUCAGAAAGUUUUAUUGUUAUCGGGUCGUUAUCGACCUUGAAAAAGCAUCAUGAAUAGGCAUAGGUCAAAUAUUACAAGGGGUUACUAAUAACAAGAAAUAUUUUCUUAGUAAGGCAAAAUCAAUAUACUGUACAAAAGUAGUGUAUUGAUUUUAUAGAGGAGCUUCCAACAUAUAUUUCUACACAUGCACUGUGAUGCAGAGCUAGGAAACUAAAUCAUAACCCUUAUAUGCUCUGGUGUAAGAAAUGUUCAUUGUUAUUAAUGACAAUUUUUCAAAUAAGAAAAUAUUUAUAUUUUAAAUGUAUAGAAGUUAAUGCCUCGUCAUCAUCAUAUUUUAUUAUGUCUGCAUGACAGUUGAUUAGUCUUGAUUCAUAAAGUUAAAUAAACUUCAUUUUUAUAAGGAAUAGUGAGAGCUGUGCAUGAGUUGGACUACUUGUUAACUUAACAAAAUGUUAGAAUCCAGGGCAGGUUUUGUUUAAUUACUUAUUUCUUUAUUUUUGAUUUUGUCAUUCAUAGCCAACAUCUAAUGGCUAAAAACUGUUAGUUUAUUGACUUUCACAAUGCAAGUAUGUAAGUAAGUUGCUUUUAGAAAAAAGACAAAUGCUUCUCUCAGUCCUGACCCCAAAAUCAUUAGACAGGGCUAAACUGUUUUCAGAAAUAUUUCCAUGAAUAAAGUCUACUUUCAUACUGAUAUUGACUCAGCUUAAUAGCCAUAUUGGCCAAAAUUCAAGCCAAACGGUCCUAGAAGGGAGGGGGGUUACAAGAUGAUAAAUCAGUGGCAUCACUGGGGUUACCCAGUGCUGCAAACUUUCCCAUGGGCCUCAUGGUCUGUAUGCUUUGGGGACACCCUAAACAGUGACAGCCUUUUCUGUUUGCAGCCUACUCUGAUGGCCCCUGCUCUGUCUGUUGACACUAUGUUCUUGUGGCAACCUUAUCUAGUGGCACCCUGCUUAUGUAUAUAACUGAGGUCUGUUUUGAAAUGGACUUUAGCCAACACUGACUUAUUUGCAAUUUUUCAUUUAGUGUCACCCUUGUGAGGGUGUCGCCUGGUGUGGUACUAUUACACUAUUGCUUAAAAUAUAUAUUGUGUCUAUUUGAAUAUGGUACAUAAAAUUGUUUCUGAGCAAUAGAAAUACAAAAUUAUUUUUAAAAAGUCUAUGGUGAUAUUAUCCAUCUACAUAGAAUCUGAUGAACCACCAAGUAAGAAAAGACUCAUCAAAUCAGAAGCAUCUGAGGAAGAAGGGGAGACAAGCCAGAAUCUCAUAGUCAAUACCAGUGAAACUCAACAGGUUGGUUUUUCCAAUUUUUUAUUUUUUUUGGUGAAGAAGUUUUGAUUUAUGGAUUACUUUUUCAUUAUUUAAAACUAUAAAUAACUGGCCAAACAAUGGCGGUGGCAAUGUGUGAACUUUCCAUCUACUAAGGUUGCUUGACAAAACAUGCACCCCAAUUAGUGGUAACCUCUGGCAAUUUUAUUUUGCGCUAAUGUUGGACAUAGCAUUGCAGCCAUACAAACAUACCUGGAAAAUUAAUAUUUGUGAUAAGAAUAUUAUUAUAUUAUUACUGAACCCUUAGGUAGUGUGUCUGACUCCAGAUGAGAAAGUUUCAUGAUCAAAGACUUCCUGUGUUGCCAGUUACAAAAACAUUUGCAGAAUUCACUUGUGUGUGGCUUUGUAAAGACAGAGAGCUAUGAAAAGAAAUAUGCUAUGAUAAGUCAGCAAGACAAGUAUUUUUGGCUUAGAGUUAACGCCUUGUUUAAAAAUUCUAACCCAAGAAUUUGGUAGCCAACAUGUUUUAGGAUAAAAAUGGGGUGUCUAAAAAAUAUGAAGAGUCAUAAUGUUGAGAAGAACAUUUCUGGUCAUAAACAUUAAAAGAUGAAUCAUCUCAAAAGUGUAACACAAAUAUGUUAUUAUUUUUUUAAGUCAGGGCUUUGUGAUGUCAGAUUUUAUUAACAAUACCAAUUGUUAGUUUAACUUAAAAUAUGAUAAAACAGUUUUGUAAUCUCCAAGUGCAAUAGAUUUUGAUCUUUUCAAACGUCAUCAAAACUUUUUUUGGCUAAUUUAUUUUAGAGUCUAACUCGUGGAUCAUCCCAAUUUGAUGAACUGUUUCAUUGUACAAUAUCAACCUUACAGUCUAACCACUUUGACCUGCUUAUCCAAACAACCUCAUAGUCCAACCACUUUGACCUACUUAUCCAAACAACCUUACAGUCCAGCCACUUUGACCUACUUAUCCAAGUACUGUAUUUCUUGUCAUGUAAACUUCAGAUGAUGCUCCUCACUCCUGGCACAACUGAUGCUGCCACGUUUGUGACCGGUGACAGCAGCCACCAGGUGGCAAGUCUUGUGACGCUGCAAACGCCAGGGAACCUCACUCUGCAAGAUCUCCAGCAAAGCGGAAUAACGGGUCUCACCGGUCUGUCCUUGGGUGAAAAUGGCCAUCAGGUGCUUGUGGUGACUGAUCCAGCCCAUCUAGAGGCCAUCCAGGUGAGGGCUCUUGGUUUCUCAAUGAGAACUUAUAUAUUAAUUGAAUGCAAUUUUUUCAAAAGCAGGUUUCGUGUGUCUGUAUUUGUAAAAAGAAUAAGCCCGCAGGAGACUUGAAGUGCACAUGUAAAUCAGUAGCAUAAUUCUGAAGCACCUGGUCACUGUUAAUGCCUGCAAUAAAAAGCUGUUGUUUAUAGUUUGAUAACUGUGUGUGAUUUAACAUAAUUACCUAAAUGGUCAUCUGUAUGGUCAGUGGUGUUAAAAUCAGGGUCAACUAAAAAUAUUUUUAAGCAAAGACAUGAGUCUUGUGAAUAAAAAUCAAUAUUAAAAAUAUACACAGUGGUGUUUUUCUUUGUUGUUGACUAUUUGUGUUGAUAUUAUUUAUUUUGUAGUUGAAAUUAAUGUUGAAGAAACAUUAUUCUGUUCUUUGGUCAUGUUAAGUCUAAUGGACAGUGUUAAUUUUGCCAUAAACUUUUCAAAUAGAACUAAGUAGAAAGGUAAUGAAAAAUUGUUUAUUCCAGGGGGUUAGUUUGAUAUGGUUGUAAGCUUUGAUUUUUAUCCAAUUGGUACGCUCCCCCUCCUCAAUCCCAACAGAUGCCGUGUAAACUUGAUAUUGUUUCUCAUUGCAGCAACUGGCUGUCCAACACUUGGAGGUCAUGGCUCAUUUUCAAGGUACAGGACAAAGUGUUGAAGGGGUCGAGGGACAAAUGACAGAAAAUGCUGAACUGGCAGUUGUUUCACUUUCACAGUGACCUCACAGAUUAACUGUAUUUAUAGGACAUGGGUAUUUUCAAAAAGUUAGUUUUCAAUAGAUACCGAGAACAAAGAAUACACGAAAUUCAUUAAAUUUAUCAAUUGUGGUUAUGAAAAUCUAUGCAAAAAAAACCCAACAAAAUGGAUACUUUUUCAACUCCUUUUUUUCUUAAAUUCAAGAAAUUUUAAACAUAAUACUCAUUUUCAUCUAUUCUGUUUGGGUUUUCUAAAAUUAAGCAUCAUAACCCAUUUAUUAUUAUUUGUAGGCAUAAACUGUGUUGAUGACAACUUGAUUCUACUACAUCUCAACGUCUAAUUUUAUAGCAAAUGCCCAUUAGUUUUUUCUUUAAAUUUUAUCGUUGAGUGAUAGAAUGCAAUAUAAUAUCAGUUGGUGAGUAAUGAUGACCAAAAACUAAAAGGAAUGUGCAAAAAGGUUUGUUUUGGAUUCAUUCAAAUGAGUGAUUGUUCCAGAACUCCCAAACAUCUCACUUAAUACAAAAUUACUGCAAUAAACACAUUAUCAUCUUUCCAAUUAUAAGUUUGUUUGUUUUAAGAUUCAUUGUUUUCCAAAUUUGCAGUACAUUCAAUGAAAAAUGCAGAUUUUGUUUGUAUUUAUAUCUUGCCAAGGGACCAAUUUAAAAUAUAGAAAAAUCACACAUUUGUUUGCAACUCUUAACAAAUUUAAUAAGUUAUAAAGAACAUGUCCUCAUUAUAAUAAGAAUUUAAACUUCAGUUGAAAAGAGAAGAAAAAAUAAACUUUGCAAAUGCAUGCAAUUUGUUCAUCCAUUAUUUGGACUGUAUGACUUGUUACAGAACUGAAGAUUUUUUUUUUUCAAGUCUACAGGUUUUGUAAGAAUAUAGAAAACUUAAAUAAUAUUUGGCUUUAUGAAUGUUUCUAUGUCCCCAUGGUUUCUAUGAAGCUGUUAGAUAGGUGACUUUCAUGUACACAAAAGUGAUGAUGUGAUUAUAUGUCAUUAUUGAUGCAAACAAUUAUUUUGGGAUGUUCCAUUCUCAUGUAGUGUUUAACUUUGUUCUUCCUUCAAACCUUUGUGGUCUCUGUCCUUCCAAUUGCUAUCUACUGUGUAAGAUCCAGUCCAGUUGGAGAAAUAUAUAUCUGUAACAAUUUAGUUAACAUGCAUUAUUAAUAAUAUUAACUGAGGCUUUUACAAUUUUUGUAGUUCUUUUUUUUUUUUUUUUU